AUGAAAACAGAGUAUGAGAAAGAGUACGUUCCUGGGGAAGACCAAACCAACUCAGUGAUCAUAGGUCCAGGAAAAUACAAACACCAACGCUUGUUAGUUUGCAAACUACAACAGCACAAAAGAGUAAUGGUCACAACAUCAGCUGCUUAUGUGCAAUGUGGAGAUGUGGAACUUGAAAAGAAAAUAGAUGAGAAGAUUGAGCACUUCAUUAGCUGGGUAGAAAAACACCCAAACAAGAAAAGUCAGAUAUGCUUAUCUUUCUAUGAAGUGAAAAACAAACAGCCAUAUUGGUUCACUAAUAAAAUUGAACGCCUAUAUUGGGAACAAUGGUAUAUCAACCUGAAUGUGGCUCAACACCCGAAGGCACAUUCUAGCAAGUCUCAUAAUUCCAAAGUGGUAGUUGAUCCAGGAGAGGAGGAAAGAAUUGCUCGAAGGGCAGCAGUUGAAGCAUCUCUUCGUGAGGUAUUGUUUCAAAUAAUAAAAUUUGUGAAUGAGAAGAAGGAUCAUGUUCCUCCCAUACCAAAUGGUGAUGGUGUUGUCUAUUUUCCCCAUGAAAUCACUAUCCCUAGUUCAUCAGAUUCUGCAUUUGGAAUGGACAUGAUCAAGAGGAUGCUCCAAACUGGGCAUCCAACCAUGCUCAGCUGAUAAUUAUCAAAGUUGACAAGCUAUCUACUUAUUCCCAGUGUGUUCCAGAAGUAAAAUGGAUUCUUAUGUUAAUAUCUCGGCGUGUAUAUAUCAGGUGGGUGCAGAGAGCUGCUGAACCCAGCAACAGUUCGAAAGUAAAUCCUAGGUGCAUUUUAUGUUACUUUAUCUUUGUAAAAAUAUUCUUCCUUUAUAACCUUCCCUUUAUCCCCUUCUCCAUUUCCCCUUUGUCUAUCCCUGCUGAUGCACAUAUUGUCUAUGUAUAUAAUGAAUUGAGACCAGUUUGAUCAACCAGGACCAUAUAGGUCAUUUCAUAUUAUGGGCAUGUUACAUGUUUGCUUGCUGAUUAAAAAUGAAGAAGUUGUAUAUGCAAU